AUGGGUCUCCCCAUGGCGGCUGAAGGUCGCGAUGACGGCAAAAACAUCGAUCGGACUAUAGUUGGAGAGGAAUCACAUGGCUUGCAAAUUGAUAAAAUGAAGGCACGCGGGACUAAUGGCGAUAAUCCAUCACAGCAUGGUCCCGAAUCACCGCCCGGAUCGGACGGCUCUCACGCAGGCGAUAUAUUCGAUGACGAGAAGGAACUAGCACAGCACCCCGACAGUGUCACGGAGGGUGCUCAAUUAGGUCAGCAGAAGGCGGAAGCAGCGGCGCUCGCAUGGAACCGGCCAGCUUUGGUUGGAAUAUAUGCUUGGAUCUGGAUCUGCACGUUUAUGUUGGCAUUUCACUCGAAUAUAAGCGGCUUUCUGAUCAACUAUAUCCAAGGAGGGUUCAAGACCGCACCGCAGGUCUCCACCUCCUAUAUCCUCGCGAACAUUGUGGGCGGCGUCCUUAAGCUGCCGCUUGGUAAGACCUUGAACUUGUGGGGUCGUGCUGAGGCUCUGGUGGUCUCGACAGGCAUUUACCUUCUUGGCAUGGUCAUCCUCGCUGCAUGUGAUGGUCCCAAUGGGUAUGCGGCGGGAUAUGUGCUGUACUGGAUCGGCUACUAUUGCUUAUACCUGAUCUUGAAUGUUUUUGUGGCCGAUACCUCAGGUCUAAGGAACCGAGCGUUCGCUUUUGGCUUUAUGCAGACGCCGUUCAUCUGCACUGCAUUCACAGGCAGUCUUGCAGCAAACUCGAUCUACGCCAAGUACGGGUGGCGCUGGGGUUAUGGCAUCUUCUGCAUAGUGAUGCCGUUUGUGUUUUUGCCCCUCGCAAUCGCUUUCAAAUACUUCGAGAAGAAGGCAGAAAGGAAAGGCAUCUUCCGACGACAGCCCAGUGGUCGUACUGUAGAACAGUCUGCCAUCCAUUAUAUCCAUGAAUUUGAUGGUAAUAAUACCCAAACCGAAGGUCGGGGUGUUGACACUAACGUUACGUUGCUAGUUAUUGGCGCUUUCUUGCUCAUGGCUGGUUGGGUUUUGUUCCUUCUACCAUUCAGUUUAACUCAAUACGGCCGCUCUACGUACUCAAGCGCAAAAUUCAUUGUUCUCCUCAUCCUCGGAGUUGUCGUGUUGGGGGUCUUUGCAGCAUGGGAGAAAUGGGUGGCUCGAACUCACUUUAUCCGCUACGAGUUGAUCAAGCGGCCGACCAUUCUAGGCGCAUGCAUCCUGGCCGCCGUACUCUUUUUCAGCUUCGAGCUCUGGGAUCAGUACUUCUACAACUACGUCCUGAUCUCCUACGACAUUUCCCCAGUCCAUGCAAAUUACAUGAUUCAGAUUUAUAACGUCGGCUCUUGCUUCUUUUCUCCCGUCAUUGGAGCCAUUAUCUGGGCCACUGCGCGCUUUAAAUACAUCUGUCUAUUCUUCGGAGCCCCGCUUAUGAUCCUGGGCUCCGGGCUGAUGAUCUACUUCCGCGGCGCAGACCAUGGCAUUGGCUACGUCGUCAUGUGCCAGAUCUUCAUUGCCUUCGCCGGCGGCACCCUCGUCAUUGGCGAAGACAUGGCUGUAAUGGCGGCAGGUGGCCGUGAGGGCACCCCGAUGAUGCUGGCCCUCAUUGGAUUGUUCUCGAACAUUGGCGGUGCGAUCGGCCUGGCUGUUGGCGCUGCUAUCUACAACAAUGUCUUCGUCGAUACUCUCACAGCACGAUUGCCGGACAAUUUGAAGGCCAAUGCCACUCAGAUCUACCUUGGUGGUAUCACUGUGCAGUCAACUUACCCAUGGGGAACUCCUCUUCGCGAAGCUGUUGCGUAUACGUGGGGCUAUGCUCAGCGUUUGAACUGCAUUGCUUCUACUGCCAUAUUGGCUUUGACAAUUCCUUGCAUUCUGGCCUGGAAGAACUACGAAGUAAACCGGAAGCAGAACAAGGGUGAAAUGAUAUUCUGA